AUGGACGACUUGGAAGGACAAUCUCGAUGGAAGAUGAGAUCUUACCUUUUGUCCUUGGCAGACAUCAUCGUUCUUGCUCUUUUUUCCCUCGGCUUGGGUGUGGCGAUUAUGUACCUGAUUGCCUCCGGCAAAUGUGACGAUAACUCAGAAGAAUCUCUCCCAGCAAUGAUGAUUUCGUCUUCUGCGACAGCUUCUACUACGACUACAGCUACUACUUCUACGAUCACAACAACUACUUUUGAUUGCGACCCUCUUCCCAAGACCGACCGUGAAUUUGAUCUGUUUCUCAUUUAUUGCACCGGUUAA